AUGACGACCGAUAAAAGAAAAAGAAUUCAAUGUAUAGAUAGUUACGACUUCGAAACAUUCGCAAGAGUUCAUCUACCAAAACAUCUCGCCGAUACAUUACUAGUUGAUAUCGGUAUUACAUCUUAUAGCGGUUUUAUUCAAUGUGAUGACUUAAGCGACGAACUACUGUCUGUUCACGAUUGUUUAAACGAUAAAGACCGUUUACGUUUGUUUUUAUACAAUAACACAGUAUCAUCAUCGUCACCAAAUGAAGUCAAAAAAGGUGUUUUGCGUGAGCUGAACAUUUUUCGAGAAGAAUGCAAAAAGAAAAUCAAUAAUCGAAAAGCCAAUGGAAUAAAUUCAGGCAGUAGUAGCAGCCAAGCGGAACACGAGCUAAAUAAUUCAUCAAAACGAUUGAAGAUUCACUAUGAUUUCUAUCAAACACCUGCUUGUCGAACUCGAACGAAUGAUAUCAUGGAUGAAGAUAAAUUCAAAUAUCGAGAAAAACCAAUUGCUAAUGGAGAUAGUGGGACGGAUUGGUCUUUUCACCAAGAAGAAAUGCAAAGUAUCGAAAAGCAAUCCAAUGAUUUGAAUAUUGUCGAUAAUGUCACAGUGAAAGAAGCUACACAUAUUUAUGUGACUCAACAGCGAAUUCAUCAUUUCUUUUAUCACCACAUGUUUAUCAAGUCUGAAGAUUUCCAUAAAUUCGUAUUCCUAUUGCAAUCGAAACUUGGAUGGCAUUUAGAACAACUAUAUCAAUAUAUAAUGAAAACUAGAACUAGAAAAAUAUGGUUUGAUCAAUUCAUCAAUGAAUUUCACAAAAUCGAUAUGAAAAAUCAGAAUAUGGAAAAAAAAGUUGAAUGGCUUGUUUAUUUAAUCCAAACAACAAAAUAUAAACCCAGUGGCUAUAGUGAUGGAUAG